AUGAGCCACGCAGUUCCAGAUCUCGACGCCAUAGGCGUCAAAGCAGAGCCCGAUCUUGCCGACUCUUUUCGUCGUGAAGUUGCCCACCUUCUCGGCCGCAACAACCUUAAUUUCCCCGGCGCGCAACCGGUCAGUUUCUCCGCCAAACACCUCGUCGAGCUCCAAAAAGAAGAUUACUUCGUUUGCGAAAAGACGGAUGGCAUUCGUUGCUUGAUGUACUUUGCGCGCGGAGAUACCGCCGACGUGCCGGAAAUCCAUUACCUCAUCGAUCGUAAAAAUGACUAUCGCUACGUCCCGGGCUUGCAUUUCCCCCUUCCAGAUGACGAAACAUUUCAAUCCUUUCACGUCGAUACGCUCAUAGAUGGUGAAUUGGUCAACGACACCUACGAUGAUGGAACACAGCAGCUGAAGUACCUGGUGUUUGACUGCUUGGUCUUGGACGGACAAAGUCUCAUGCACCGCACUCUUGACAAACGACUCGCAUACUUCAAAGAAAAAGUCUUGAAGCCAUAUAACGCUAUGUACAACAAAUUCCCUCAAGAAAAGGAGCAUCGUGCUUUCGCUGUCGAAGACAAAUCUACACAAUUCAGUUAUGGCAUCGAGAUGAUGUUCCGCGACAUUAUUCCAAAGGUCAAGCGCAUCCACGGUAAUGACGGUCUUAUCUUCACAUGUCGAAGUACACCCUACCGAAUUGGUACGGACGAGCACAUUUUGAAAUGGAAGCCUCCUGCGGAAAACACCAUCGAUUUCCGGAUGCGCCUGGAAUUCCCCGUCCUGGAGCCGGACACCGACGAUGAGGCCGAGGGUGUUACGGAAGCCUAUCCUGACUAUGAUGCCAUUCCGAUCUGUCAUCUGUUCACAAUGCUCAACAGCAACGAGUACCGACAUUUUGGCGAGAUGUACGUCACGCCGGAGGAAUGGGAGAAUAUGAAGGCACUGCAGGUCCCGCUCGAUGAUUCCAUUGUUGAAUGCUUUAAAGACCCAGAACAGCGGUGGCGAUUCUACCGGUUGCGGGAUGACAAAGCAGACGCGAAUCACAUCUCGACGGUGGAAAAGGUUCUUGAAAGUAUUGAAGACCGCGUUACCGAGGAAGACCUUAUUCGGAUUGCACCCGCCAUCAAAUCCGCCUGGAAAAAGCGACAGGCCAUGGCGGCAGAAGGGAAAUCUCGAAGCGGAGGACCCCCUGUCAAUGGCAACGGCGUAAAGCGGAAGUUUGAGGAGUGA